CGUGAGUGCAUCUCUAUCCACGUUGGUCAGGCUGGUGUGCAGAUCGGUAAUGCGUGCUGGGAGCUGUACUGCUUGGAGCAUGGGAUCCAGCCUGAUGGGCAGAUGCCCAGUGACAAAACCAUAGGCGGAGGGGAUGACUCCUUCAACACCUUCUUCAGCGAGACAGGAGCGGGAAAACAUGUCCCUCGUGCAGUUUUUGUGGAUCUCGAACCAACUGUAGUUGGUAAGGACGAAAGUUUUCUAAAAUAUGGUUACCAUAUGCUGUAAUAAAAAAUCCUCCCUGACCAGAGUUGUGAUUUUUCAUAGAUGAGGUCCGCACCGGGACAUACCGUCAACUGUUCCACCCUGAGCAGCUCAUCACCGGUAAGGAGGAUGCCGCCAACAACUAUGCUCGAGGCCACUACACCAUUGGCAAGGUGAUCGUGGAUCUGGUUCUGGACAGAGUUCGCAAACUGGUGAGUAACGUUAGCUAGCAUUUUUAUUGAUAGCCUGAAGUCAUGUACUUCCAACUCUCAGUUAUGUAACUUUACUAGCAAACUAGUUGUACAGGGUUGUAAGCCUGUGAGGCCAAUCUGUCCCCAAUAGUGAUGUGCAGUUCGCAAUCGAUUUGUUGUUUUUGAACAACCGUUUUUACUGAUUUAAGAGUAAUUAAUCGUUUUUCUGAGUGACUCAUUCAUUUUAUAUCUUCGUUUGACCUGCUGGUUGCAAUGAAUUCUACAGCAGGAUUAAUACACACACCUCCAGUGACUCCAACCUAUAUGCACUCAGACCAAAUAGAUCAUGCUGCAAUCAGCAUAGAGAAUAAAAAUAUGUUUAGAUUAGAACUGAUAAUUGAUCGCAUGGUGAAAGAAUAGAUGCAAUUCAUUUAUUAUUGAAUGUUAUGAUGGACACCACAGGAGGUUGGUGGCACCUUAAUUUGGGAGGACAUGCUCGUGGUAAUGGCUGGAGUGGAAUCAGUGGAAUGGUAUCAAACACACAUGCUUUCCAUGUGCUUGAUGCCAUUCCAUUCGCACCGUUCCAGCCAUUAUGAGCAAUCCUCCCCUCGGCAGCCUCCACUGUUGGACACAGCUUUGUAGAACCAAAAUAUGUUUGUUUUUUAUUACGUUUUUAAAAAGUAUUUUAGCAGACGCUCUUAUCCAGAGUGACUUACAGUUAGUAAGUGCAGACAUUUUCAUACUGGCCCCCCAUGGGAAUCAAACCCACAACCCUGGCGUUGCAAGCGCCAUGCUCUACCAACUGAGCUACACGGGGCCACACAAAAUAUACACAGCCUCUGCUCAACAAACUCGAGAAUGAAUCAUUUGGAGUGCUGCAGUUCGCAAACGAUAUUGUGCUUAUCACCCUCAAGGCAGUUAAGCAAUGCAUUCCGCCAAGAGUAGUUCACAAGCUAGUCCAGUUGUGGCCACAACUAGACCUCGUUUCAAAUGUACUAAGAAAAAAUCUUAUUUGCAUGCCUAGCAAUUAACAAAUGUACAUUGUUUAAAGCACGAUUUUACAAGUCUGUCACAAAUUACAGCUCUAGUAAGCCCCUUAUGGUGAACGAAAGGCUUGUAGAAUCAUGACUAUUUUGAGUUUUCAGUUCAUUGUUCGCAGGUAGGGUCAUUGUGCUCUGGAAAGAUUUGUUCUUUUGAGUCGAAAAGAUCAGUCAGUAAAAACCACUUGUGCCUAACCCGUGUUCUAUCUCACCCCAGUCAGACCAGUGCACUGGGCUUCAGGGCUUCCUGAUCUUCCACAGUUUUGGUGGUGGAACUGGCUCAGGUUUUGCUUCGCUGCUCAUGGAGAGACUGUCUGUGGACUACGGCAAGAAGUCCAAACUGGAGUUUGCCAUUUACCCUGCCCCUCAGGUAUUGCUAAGGUUUAGUUGCUCACAUGAUUAUUUGGUAGAUUUCCACAUCAGCAAAACUUGAACUGUACUUUAUAUCCCUGUAGUCAAUACUUGUUUGAUAUCUACAUUUUCAUUAUGUGACACCUAAUGAUGACUGUUCUACCUCUUGUGUAUGUGUUCAGGUGUCCACAGCAGUGGUGGAGCCCUACAACUCUAUCCUGACCACCCACACCACCCUGGAGCACUCCGACUGUGCCUUCAUGGUCGACAAUGAGGCCAUCUACGACAUCUGCCGUCGUAACCUGGACAUCGAGCGCCCCACCUACACCAACCUCAACAGGCUCAUUGGCCAGAUUGUCUCCUCCAUCACCGCCUCGCUUCGUUUCGAUGGAGCCCUCAACGUGGACCUGACAGAGUUCCAGACCAACCUGGUGCCCUACCCCCGUAUCCACUUCCCCCUGGUCACCUACGCACCUGUCAUCUCUGCUGAGAAGGCCUACCAUGAAAUGCUCUCUGUGGCAGAGAUCACGAAUGCCUGCUUCGAGCCCGCCAACCAGAUGGUGAAGUGUGACCCUCGCCACGGGAAGUACAUGGCCUGCUGCAUGCUGUACCGUGGGGAUGUGGUGCCCAAGGACAUCAACGCUGCCAUUGCCACCAUCAAGACCAAACGCACCAUCCAGUUUGUUGACUGGUGCCCCACCGGCUUCAAGGUAAACAAGUAAUUAAUUCAUUCACACUGAUCUAUGCUCCUAAACAUUUAAGGCACUUGGCAUGAUAAUUAUUGGUUAGUCAGGUUUUAAGACUUUUUGUUUGUGCCCUGCAGGUUGGCAUCAACUACCAGCCACCCACAGUGGUGCCAGGUGGAGAUCUGGCCAAGGUCCAGAGAGCCGUGUGCAUGUUGAGCAACACCACGGCCAUCGCUGAGGCCUGGGCUCGGCUCGACCACAAGUUUGACUUGAUGUACGCCAAGCGUGCCUUUGUGCACUGGUAUGUGGGAGAGGGUAUGGAGGAGGGGGAGUUCUCGGAGGCCAGAGAGGAUCUGGCUGCCCUGGAGAAGGACUACGAAGAGGUGGGAGUAGAUUCAGUGGAAGGGGAGGCUGAGGAAGGAGAAGAGUACUGA